AUGUUUGCGGACGAUAGUCUGCGAUUUCGAAGAAUGGACGUUAGUGACGAACGUGAACCAGGUGAAUGUUCACGUACGCCAUCACCGGGAUUAGAAGUUGCUUAUGUAAACGCCACGGGAACUCCCAUGAGGAGAACGCAUAGGUAUGAAAAUGCGAAAUUUCGGACGAACGAAUCCGUGAUUGAGCUGGUAGAUUUAGUAGAAGAGGACGGCGAUGGAGACAUCGAGAUAGUAUCAGUUGAGGCCGGAGAUAACGAUGAUGGUGAAUUAUUCGUUCUGGAUACUGAAGGGGCGGAGAUUGUUGAGGUGGAAGAAGUGAACAAAAAAAAUGUUACCAUGAUUGCAACACCAGAACAUGAUUUGGAGAAAGAAGAACGUAAAGUUUUGAUAGAAGCUUCGAGUACAAAAGGAAAUUAUGAUGGUUUUGAUGUAACCAAAAUUCUGACGAAUGAUGUGAUACUUCCAUCGCCAUCAGAAGAAAAAAAAGAAAGCACCUUCAAAAUAAGCUGUUUUAACUGUGCUGGUGAGCAUACCUUGCAACAAUGUGAUAUUCCCUUAAAUCAGCGGAGAAUCGCCGCCAAUCGUGCUGCUCAUUUUAAUAGUAAGCGUUCAACUCAAGAGCGUUAUACCACAGCGAGUGAUGCUGAGUCAUCAGGCAUGUGUAAUACAAGGCCUGGGGAAAUCAGUAGUGCUUUGCGUAAAGCCUUGGGGAUAGGUCUAAAUGACAUCCCGGAAUGGAUUUAUCGAAUGCGUCGAAGAGGCUUCAUUGAUGGCUAUCCACCGGGAUAUUUAGCGGAAGCUCUUGAUCAAAAUUGUAAUGAAGAGUCACUAUUGGAAUUUCACACCGAUGAUAAAACAUUGGGAACUUCACAUAUCGUGCAAGAAAAAGAUAAGAAACGGGAACGACUUACGGUUUCUGUCGACAAAGUGAUUGCCUAUCCCGGUUUUAAUUACUACAAUCGAUAUCUUAGAGAUCGUGAACGUUUUCGAGUACCUAGAUUUGAUGAAUACGUCCGGUAUCUUCGAGAAUAUGUCAAGGAAAGGCAUCCGCAAUUACUUGAUGAUACCCAUGAAAGAAAUAGAAAACGAGAAAAGUAUACGGAUGAAUACCGAAUUGAUUGUAAACGAUCAAAAAAUGGCAUGAUUUCCAAGUCGGAUGACAACAUUGUUUUGGUUGAUUAUAAACAAAACGAAAGUCUGGCAAUGUCUACACGAUUAUUAGAAGAGACUUCAUUAGAAAAAAAUAUGAAACAUAACACACCGAUUGUUGACCUUGAGACUUCGAUGUCUGAUGCAGAAGUUGGAUCACAAUCAGUUGGUAGCACUGAUAAUAGAAUUUCCUUUGGUACACCCGUAGUUUGUCGACUAGAACAUGAUAAAAAGAAACCAAGUUUAGAGAAAUUCCGAGAUGGCGUUGUGCCAUUUCAGGCUGUCGAAGAAAGUACCGGAAGUCGCGGUUUCUUCAGAACUCUUAUGUUAAAAAUCCGAAAAAAAAAAUGA